GAACUGUGGGUAAUUUCCUUUUGUAAAGGUUGAUGGGAGUACAGUACAUUGCUCAAGGAUGCUUAAAGGUUGCAUGGAAGCAUCUUUCUCAAACGUUUGUAGAGUUUGAACGAUCCACUUGAACUACUUCCGCGUCAUCUCGCUCCGAUAUUGUCGGAAAAGAAAUUUCCGAGGCGAAAGCGAGAAUUCCAAGAGGCACCGAAUAUAACUAAAGCUUUCAAUAUGGCACUGCGGCUACACUGCUUCACCAAGUACAAAGCGGGGCUUUUGGAUCCUGGUCAGUUCGUUCUCCUGUCCUAUCUGAGGUUUGCAUCCAAGAAGGCUGGUGGUAGCAGCAAGAAUCACGGAGGGAAGAGCCCCGGCAAACGAUACGGCCUUAAGAAGCAAGAUGGUAACUUUGUCCAUGCGGGGAACAUCCUGGCAACACAGAGGCUGCUGAGGUACCACCCAGGAGCGCAUGUUGGCAUGGGAACCAAUAAAACUCUUUAUGCGCUUGAGGAUGGUUGCAUCAGGCUCACCAAGGAGGUCUAUAUCCCCCACCCUCGCAGUCUGGAGACGAGCCAGAUCAUCACCAAGCUUCCUCAAGGAACUUUGCUUUACAAAACCUUCAUCAACGUUAUUCCAGUCACGCAAGAGCCCACCUUCAAACUGGUUAACAUGGUCUGAACCUGACAUGCGAGGAUCAAGAACUGCAUUUUAUUUCAAUGCCAUAACACUGCCUUUACAAAAAUAAUGUUGCAGUGAACUGCCCCAAAAAUUGUCCUGUGAAAGAUCAACCAUAUUUUCUGGAAAAAAAUGAUGUCACGCAAGAAAUGUAUUCGAAUGAACUGAUGGUCACUUACAAUAAUAAUAAUCAGUAAUGGAGCAAUUAGUCAACGAAUUGCCCUCGGAAUGCCCUUUCAUGUCCCCUAAAUCCUGAUGUCCUCAUUUACAGAACUGGAGACCAAUUCAUUAUAUCGCCAAUAUCCACACAAAGGUAUUUUAAAAUUGUUAUUUUGAUCACUUCAUUGCAUUUUUUGUCAUCCUGGUCCAUGAUUACUAUCACUUUUUUAUUUUAUUUUAUUUUAUUUUUUAAAGGCCACGCAAAAUUCACCAAAGCUUGGAUGAAAUGUUAUGUGACACUUGUCUUUGGCCAUUUCAUGAUUCAUUUCAGCAGUAGAGGAAAUAUACACUGUGAUACAAGUGCCUAUACUGUAUGCAGAUAUACAGCCUCUGUGAUAACUUUAAUAGUUAUGUGGCCAUCAUAUGUCUCUGAGUUUUCCUCAUAAAAACCAAACCUAAAUCAUGUGAUGUUUACAGAAAUUCCUGCAGGUCACAAAUCUCUAAAACGUCUGUUCUCAUUAAAUUUAGUGGCACAUGUACACACGCGGAUGGAUCCUCUGUUAAUCAAAGAAAAACCGACAGUGGUCCCAGAACUAAUUUAAAUGUGACAAAAAUGAUAACACGGUUCCCAUGAAAGCAUGGAAUUUGAUUCAUUUCCAGGUCUGGAAAAGCUUGGAAAAUGGAAAUUACUGUAUAGCAAACCAGUCCUGUAUCUAACACUGUUUAACAACCCUGUUUCUGGAAAUAAAAAAUUGUACUCACUUU